UUUCAGUGACUAACAAGCGUUUGUCCAAUCAGUUAACACAUUUUCGAAGCUCUAAACACAAUUAGCACAGCAUCGGACUUCUGUGGCCAUACCAUUCACACAUUUCAUGUCGUUUUCACACAAUAUGCAGUCAGUGAACACAUUUCCACAAUGCUUACAUUUUCUUAAGAGACACGCGAUACCUCCCAACAAAAUUAUGGAUUGUUUUUGUAUUAUUUACAAAUGUUAACACACAACAUGCCACAAUAGCAAAAACAAUACUCCAAACCUUAGAUACAGUAUAAAAUCCUCUACUUCUGCACUGAUAUAAGUUCAAAAACAAUAUAUCUCAGCUGAUAAUGAACUAGCAAUUGAAUAAUUGACACACAGCUGAUUUAUGUGGGGUAAAUUGGGCCAACUACAGCUGAUUCCAAUGAUUUCAGCUGCAUUGAUAACUAUAAAAGGAGGACUUUGAGGAGUGAUUUCUCUUGGAAGCAGUAAAAAGAAAAACAUUGUAAUGUCUGGACGAGGAAGAGUACGAAGGAGAGGUGCAGGUGUAGUGAGAGGUGUAGUGAGGGGGGCAGGUGUAGGAGCAGGCCCAAGGAGAGGGCAAGGUAGGGGUAUAAGAAUGCGUGGUGGUGGCAUUCCAAGGGCUACAAGAACGGUAGUCAGUGAUGAAAUUCGUGCCACUAUCAUUGACCAUGUCAUCAACCAUGGUCUUUCACUAAGAGAGGCUGGUGAAAGAGUGCAGCCCAAUGUGAGGCGGUCAACAGUUGCCUCCAUUGUACGCAUUUUUCGACAAACCAACAGGUAUGUAUUGCAUUUUACAUGGAUUAUUUGUAUUCUCACUUGACAUGUCAAUACAGUAAGGCCAUACAGAAACGCUAACAUAGAAUUUUUUGUCCCUCUAAAGGAUGCAACGUCUUCCUCCCUCUGGGGGAAGAGGAAAGCUCCUCAAUAAUGAUCAAGAGCUUGCCAUUGUGGAAAUGGUAGUUGCAAAUAAUGCAAUAAAACUCCAUGAACUGCAAACUCGGAUUGUAGAAGACAAUGACAUGUUUGAAAAUGUUGACAGUAUCAGCCUCACAACAAUUGCACGGACAUUAUCCAAACACAGAGUGCGGAUGAAGCAGCUCUACACUGUUCCCUUUGAGAGGAAUAGUGAAAGAGUCAAAGAGCUACGGCAACAAUACAUCCAGAGAGUUAUGGAAUUGGAGGCCAACCAGGCACCUCAUGAGUUCAUCUACCUUGAUGAGGUGGGAUUCAAUCUGGCCAAAAGGCGUCGUCGUGGACGAAAUGUUAUUGGACAAAGGGCCACAGCUGAUGUGCCAGGACAGAGAGGGGCAAACAUAACAAUGUGUGCGGCGAUUUCAAACGCAGGAUUGCUGCUUCACAGAUGUCAGGUUGGACCCUACAAUACAGAGCGCCUCCUUGCCUUUCUUGAUGAUCUCCACCAUCACCUCAUCCCACAGCAGAAUCAAGAAGGUGAAAACAUGAGGACCUUUGUGAUCAUCUGGGACAAUGUGGCAUUCCAUCAUUCCCAAGCAAUUACAGCAUGGUUUGAAGCCCACCCAAGACUAGUGCGUCUGUUCCUUCCACCCUAUUCACCUUUCCUCAACCCCAUAGAGGAGUUCUUUUCUGCUUGGAGGUGGAAGGUUUAUGACCAUCAGCCACAUGACCAGAUGUCCCUCCUUGAAGCCAUGGAUGCUGGCUGCAGGGAAAUCACAGCUGAUAACUGCCAAGGGUGGAUCCGUCAUACUAAACGCUUUUAUCCCAGGUGCAUUGCCUUGGAUAAUAUCAGAUGCGAUGUUGAUGAAAACAUGUGGCCUAACCCUGAAGACCGCAGAGAUUAGAUAAUUACUU